UAGUAUUUAAUCUUACAGACUUGGGGUGAACUUCCUGCUCAGUCUCCUAGCUUUGUUACUCUAGGCAUGUCUCUUCCCGUCUUUAAGACUGUGCAGCUUCACAAGAGAAUGUGGAGCAACCCACAAAGCAUCUAGUGCUCCUCAUGCCAGAGCUAGAAUUGGAUGUGGCAUGUGGCAGGAGCCAUUUGGCCAUCCGCAGCCUGAGUGUUCUCACCUGCCUGCUCCACUGACUAUUUCUAGUUCUCUUGGACCGCUCAGCUGGUAGUCCAGGUGCACACUCACUCAGUAAACCCCGAGGAGACUCGCUAGACUGUAAACUGGCAUUGGUAGGGGUUGAGCGCAUCCUGUCCUUCCCGUCUCUCCUCUGCAGCUUCCCAUGGGACUGUGCCCAGCCUAGUUUAAAGGAUCUCCAGAGACCUGGCUCUACCACUGCUCAGAGUUAAACCUACUCCCUCAUGGGACAGGAGCAGAUGACAGUCAGUAUCUUUAUUAAAAUCAUCUCAUUAUAUUUAAUCCACUCAGCAAGUAUUAAUAACCUCUGUGCCAAGGCCUUUAUUCAGAGCACACAGAUGAAUGAGAUAAUCCCUGUACCCUGACACUUCCCCCAUAAAAUCACUGCCCACCUAGCCAUUUUAAAUGCAGGUAGGAGGAGAUAAUGCUGAGUAGAGAUCCCUGUCACCUCUGGUCCUUUGUAAACCAGUAGGGCUUCACCAUGUAGAAAUGCCAAAAGACCUUUGAAGAUUAAAACUUACUUCCUAAAAUUUUAAAUUUCCUUAAAAUUUCCCAGAACUAUUAAGUUUAAUAUUAGAUGUACUAUUAAUAUCCUAAAACCUUCACUUACUAAGCCUAGAAUUUUGUGAGCUUGGGCUAUGUUUUUAAUUCAUUUCUGGAGUAUUUAUUGCACAUUGUCCUUAUGUGCUCAAUGAGUGGCUCUUAAACUAUAAUAAAAGAAACAUUAGGUUUCUGGCACCUUAUUCUUACUGCCUGCACUGCUAGGCCAGGCUGGCAGUCACUCAUUCAUUCAGGCCCAUUACACAUGCACUAUGCCCAGCCUUCAUCUCACCUAACCUGGUGUUCCCUUAUUCUACCAACACUAAUAGAGUCCUGGUCUAUGCUGGGUCCUGGGCUAGCUGGUAAUAUAGAAGUGAAUCAGACAUGGUCUCUGCCCGCAGGGGCUCAUGGUCUAAAGAACAUACAUGAAAUAAUUACAGUUAAGUUAGAGGAGCAUCACUUCCUCUAAGCUGAGUCAAAUUCUAGUUCCUGGUACACACCUUGAGAAGUGUUUCAGCCUUUUGUUUGGCUUUCUGUGUGUAAAAUGACAGUGAUACUGGACUCAAACUAGGGAUCAACAGGCACUGCAUGUCAAGCACUGAACACAUGUAGUAGCUUUGAUUAGUAUAGAUGCUUUGUUUUGAGGAUGCACAGAUUUAAUAGCCUAGAAAAGGCUUCUUGGAGCUGAGGCUUCAAGGUCAAGUAGAAGGUCCUCCAGAGAAGGUGAGGCAAAACGUCUGGGCAAAGUAAGCAGCGUAAACAAAGAUCCAGAGUCCAGAACUGCCCAACUCAUGGAGAGUGGCGAGAAGUCUGAUUGGAGAAUUUAGUAGGUUUGGGCUUUAUCCUAUAGGCUAUGAGGUGUCAACAAAAGAUGUGGAAAAGUGAAUGAGAGUGUGGGAGGAAGUAAUUUUCAGUAGAAGAAGCAACUGUGAUUGCUUGAUUCUACCUCCCUCUCACCCCAACCUAACUAAUGAUCAGAUCCCUUGUGCCUUGCUAGACCCUAUCCCACACCUAGAGUCUCUAGAUCUGGAGCCCAGGAACCUGUUCUUAAAUUGCCCUAGAUGAUUUCUGAUGUGUGGCUGGGUCUGGGAACUGUUUAACUGAGGGUGCCAUAGGGAUCUCUGUAGAGGCCUAGAGUAUUCUUUAAAGAAUGGAGCUUCCUGGGGAAGGAGAGAGCUUUUCCCUAAGCAGAAGAAGAAGCAGCCUUAGUUUUUAAAGGAAAAAAAAAAAAAGCAAACUUUUUCAGGUUCGCCAUUUGUCCAUAUUCUCCAACUGCUAAUCUUUCUUUCUGUAUCAAAACAUGUGCUGCCAUCUCUGCUGAACAAUUGGGAUGCAGUGACUCAUGGGAGACAGGCCCUGCCCUUGAAAAGCUCACAGUGCUAUGGAGAAGACAGAUUUUGACAAUCGGGGUACACGUGAUAACCUCUGUUCAGGAGACAUGUAAAAAAAGUGUUAGGGCAUCCCCUAACACAGAGCAAAGCACAGUUUAUUUAGCCUGUAGACUUAGGAGAAUGUAAUACCCAAACUGAGCCUCAGUAGGAAGAGGCAAAGAGGACAGUGUGAGUGGAGAUACGCUUUAUGAAUUGGGGAAAGGGAAUGAAUAUUGUGGAAAGGAGUGGUUCAUGGUUCUUCGUGGCAGAAUAUGCAGAGCAGAAAAGAACUGAGGAGAAUGCUUGUGUCCUCGGGAGGACCCUGUGUUUGCACCUUUCAGUUCUGUGCCCAUGUUCCCACCCUCAUCCUUCCAAGUGCAAGAUGGAUGAACAUGGUGCUGUCCUAUGGGCCACCUCUCCGUUAUUCCCUCCCCAAGACUCUUAGCUAUCCAGCUCCCUUCGUGGUUUCUCCCGCCAUUCUGAAGUGAGUAGAUAUAGAGUAAUUAAGGCAGAAAGAAGGGCCUGGAAAUGUUGAAGGUUCUUAUUGUGAAGUUGCAGCCAGAGAACAUGGGCUGGGGGGUUAGAGGCCUUGAAGGUCAUCUGUCUAGUCUUCUGUCCGGUGCUUCAAGUCAUAACUUUGGAUUGGGCAAGUCUCACUUAGUAAGUUUCCCUGUCAUUUCUUCCAGGACAGAAGAGGAAAGAAACUAACGGGUAUUGAGCACCUACUGUGUGCCAGGCCCAGGCCAGGUGAGGAUUGGUCUGUAGACUUCACAGACAGCCCAAGAAUUGUGACCUCUCCCAGACAUGCCACAGCAGGAAGGGCCGACUCAUUAACCUUCAAGAUCUGGAGACGUUGGGGCACUAGGGCAUUUGAGCAUGAGCUUUGGAGUCAGCCUCACUGGGGUUCAAAUCCUGUAGGGUUCAACCACUCACUAACUCUGUAACCUUGGGCAACUUAUUUGACUUCUUGAAAUGUUUCUUCUUUAAAAAAAAAAGAUGAGAAUAAUAACACAUUUUGCAGAGCUGUUUACAAGGACUAAAAUUGGGUAAAUAAAGUGCCUAACCCAGUGCCUGGCACAUAAUAAGUGAUGUCAUCAGUAUUGUUAAUAUUGUUUCUAAGCAGAGCCUUUCCCCUUCUGGGAAACCCUGUUUCUGUCUGUUGGACAGGUUCCCCCUACCACCAGCCAGUCUGUGCAGACUUGCUGCCUGCUGUGUCACCGGGAACGCAAAGGCUGGGAAGAAGGCCCUUCCCAGAACGGACUGGUGUUGCAGGGUGAGAAGCUGCCCCCUGACUUCAUGCCAAAGCUCGUCAAGAAUCUCCUAGGCGAGAUGCCUCUGUGGGUCUGCCAGAGUUGCCGAAAGAGCAUGGAGGAAGAUGAAAGGCAGACAGGUCGAGAACAUGCAGUGGCGAUCUCCUUGUCACACACAUCCUGCAAAUCACAGUCUUGUGGGGGUGAUUCUCAUUCCUCUUCGUCCUCCUCUUCGUCGUCCUCUUCCUCGUCCUCCUCCUGCCAUGGGAACUCAGGGGACUGGGAUCCUAGUUCGUUCCUGUCAGCACAUAAGCUCUCGGGCCUCUGGAACUCCCCGCACUCCAGCGGGGCCCUGCCAGGUGGCUCACUCGGGAGCCCUCCUACAAUCCCUGGUGAGGUUUUCCCCAUCUCGGAGCACCACCGGCACUCAGACCUCACUGCUCCACCUAACAGCCCCACCGGCCACCACCCCCAGCCAGCGCCGCUGAUCCCAUCUCACCCCGGAUCCUUUGGCUCACCACCCCACCCGCACCUGCUGCCCACCACCCCAGCAGUGCAUUUCCCUGCCCAGGUUUCAGAAUGCCCUGUUGCCGUGGCUGCUGCCCCCCACACCCCAGGGCCAUGUCAGAGCCCCCACCUUCCCUCCACCAGCAUGCCGCUCCUGAAGAUGCCUCCUCCAUUCUCGGGUUGCAGCCACCCCUGUAGUGGUCACUGCAGCGGGCACUGCAGCGGGCCCCUCCUCCCACCACCCAGCUCUCAGCAGCUCCCUAGCACGCACAGCAGGGACCCUGGGUGCAAGGGGCACAAGUUUACCCACAGUGGCCUGACGUGCCAGCUUCCCCAGCCAUGCGAGGCAGACGAGGGGCUGGGCGAGGAAGAGGACAGCAGCUCAGAGCGUAGCUCCUGCACCUCAUCCUCCACCCACCAGCGAGAUGGGAAGUUCUGUGACUGCUGCUACUGUGAGUUCUUCGGCCACAAUGCGCCACCCGCUGCCCCGACGAGUCGGAAUUAUACCGAGAUCCGAGAGAAGCUUCGCUCAAGGCUGACCAGGCGCAAAGAGGAGCUGCCCAUGAAGGGGGGCGCCCUGGGCGGGAUCCCUGGGGAGCCCGCCGUGGACCAUCGAGAUGUGGAUGAGCUGCUGGAAUUCAUCAACAGCACGGAGCCCAAAGUCCCCAACAGCGCCAGGGCUGCCAAGCGGGCCCGGCACAAGCUGAAAAAGAAGGAAAAGGAGAAGGCCCAGUUGGCAGCGGAAGCUCUGAAGCAAGCAAAUCGUAGUGUUUCUGGAAGCCGGGAGCUGAGGCCUGCCAGGGAGAGUCUUUUGGGGUGGCCCGAUCGGGAGCUGGAUCGGGUCAACAGCUUUCUGAACAGCCGUCUACAGGAGAUCAAGAACACUGUCAAGGACUCCAUCUGUGCCAGCUUCAGUAUGUGUGAGCUCAGCGUGGACAGCAAUGGCUUCUCUAAGGAAGGGGCCACUGAGCCAAAACCUCAGAGUCUAGCCCCCUCAAACCCCAGUGGCUCCUCAGAACAAAGGUCUGACAUUAACCUUGACCUGUCCCCUUUGACUUUGGGCUCCCCUCAGAACCAUAUGUUGCAAGCUCCAGGAGAGCCAGCCCCACCAUGGGCAGAAAUGAGAAGUCCCCACCCACCAUGGACAGAAGUGAAGGGCCCCCCUCCUGGUAUCCCUGAGAAUGGGCUAGUGAGGAGGCUCAACACCGUGCCCAACCUGUCCCGGAUGAUCUGGGUCAAGACACCCAAGCCAGGUAACCCUGGCUCUGAGGAGCCAAGCAUAAAGGAGGCCCCUGGUUGCAAGCAGGAGCUGUCUGAGCCUGUGGCCUCAGGUGGGAAGCCACGGAAGGGCAGGAGACAGGGUAGUCAGGCCAAGAAGAACGAGGUGAGCCCAGCUUCCCAGCCCCCAGCCUGCCUUGAGACUCCCAGUGCCAAGGGCCAGGCCCCUAGCCCCAAGCAGCCAAGCAAGGCCCCAGAGCCUCCCAGAGUGGACAGCGGUGCUGAAGCUGGAGAAGGGAGUCAGGGGACCCGACCAGGACCAGGCUGGGCUGACAGCCCCAAAGCUGACAAGGAGAAGGGCAGCUCCUGGCGAAACCUGCCAGGUGAAGCCAAGGCACGGCCUCUGGAGCAGGAGUCUGGACACCCCCCAGGCCCAGCAAGGCCUCAGAGCUUGCUACAGGGCAAGGGCCGCAGCCGCCGGAGCCGCAACAAGCAGGAGAAGUCCACCGCCUCCUUGGACGAUGUGUUCCUGCCCAAGGACAUGGAUGGGGUGGAGAUGGAUGAGACUGACCGGGAGGUGGAGUACUUCAAGAGGUUCUGUCUGGAUUCUGCAAAGCAGACGCGUCAGAAAGUUGCUGUGAAUUGGACCAACUUCAGCCUCAAGAAAACCACUCCCAGCACAGCUCAGUGAGCCCCUGCCAGAACCAGCUGCUUAAGGGUGUCCUGAGACCCCAACUGCCAGCCGAAGGUCUACAGUUUUCUCCAUCACAUCCCCACCUACCUGCCCAAGACCCCACUACCCACUCCACCGUCCUGGACCAACCAAAAGCUGAAUAGAUGCUGUUCAUGCUGGGGCCCCUCAGGACCUCCGCAGAGCCGCUUCCUGGUGCUACGCAGCCCCCCACACUCAGAGCCCGGGGGUGGGCUGGCCUGUGGGCUUGGGGGCUGAUGGUACUGCUGGCCCAACACUGCUCUUUUUGUGUUUGGUUUUUUUGUUUUUGUUUUACUUGUUUUUCAAUUCUUUACUUUUGAUACUGUGAAAAUCUUUCCUGCCGAAAGAUAAAGCAACAUUUGGACACAGA